AUGAACGGACACUCCAUGGCAGGGGCCAAAAGAAAAUCCUCCGGGUCCCCAGAUCGCGCGCCCGCCCCCAAGAGAGUCCCUAAUGGCAACCAUUCCCACGAUGAGGACACUCCGGAUACCGAGCUCAUUCAUUACGACGACGAGUCCGACCUCGUAGAUGAAGGCGACAUGUAUAUCGGCACGCCGGUCAGCCUGGGCGAGUGGCAGGACACUAUCCAAAAGGUUGUCCGCAACGUCGUCGCUAUCCGCUUCUGUCAGACCUGCUCUUUUGAUACCGACCCGGCCUUGACAAGCGAGGCCACCGGGUUUGUCGUCGACUCUGAGAGAGGAUACAUUUUGACCAACCGCCACGUCGUCGGCUCAGGACCUUUUUGGGGUCACUGCGUCUUUGACAACCACGAAGAAGUCGACUGCUAUCCCGUCUACCGUGACCCCGUGCACGACUUCGGCAUACUACGCUACGACCCGAAGGCGCUCAAAUACAUGCAGGUGGAUGGCCUGGACCUGACCCCUGACCAAGCAAAAGUUGGUGUCGAGAUUCGCGUCGUAGGUAACGAUGCAGGUGAAAAGCUAAGUAUCCUGUCGGGCGUCAUUAGUCGUCUGGACCGCAACGCGCCCGAGUACGGAGAAGGAUAUAGCGAUUUCAACACAUGUUACUACCAAGCCAACGCGGCAGCUAGUGGUGGUUCAUCUGGUAGUCCUGUCGUCUGCAAGGACGGCACUGCCGUUGCGCUCCAGGCUGGUGGCAGAUCCGAUGGAGCCUCGACCGAUUACUUCCUGCCCCUCGACCGCCCACUGCGCGCGCUGCAGUGUAUCCAGCAAGGGAAGCCUGUCACAAGAGGAGACAUACAAUGCCAAUUCUUGCUCAAGCCCUUCGAUGAAUGCCGCCGCCUUGGCCUCAGCUCUCACUGGGAGGCUGCUAUCCGCCAAGAGUUCCCUGACGAGACCAACAUGCUGGUCGGCGAAAUCAUUCUUCCCGAUGGCCCUUCUCACGAAAAGAUUGAAGAAGGCGAUGUUCUCGUCAAAGUCAACGGCCAGCUCAUCACUCAGUUUCUUCGACUCGACGAUAUUCUCGACUCCAGCGUAGGCCAGCCUAUCAAGCUGCAGCUGCAAAGGGGUGGUCAGGAUAUCGAAGUGGAGAUUGAAGUCGGUGAUUUGCACAAGAUUACUCCAGACCGCUUCGUCUCUGUCGCCGGCGCUAGCUUCCACGAUAUUUCCUAUCAGCAGGCUAGACUCUACGCCGUUGCUGUCAAAGGCGUCUACGUCUGUGAAUCAGCAGGGUCGUUUCGCUUUGACAACACCGAUAACGGCUGGAUCAUUCAAUCCGUCGACAACAAGAAAGUUCCGGAUCUUGACACCUUUAUCCAAGUCAUGAAGGGAAUUCCUGACAAGGCGCGAGUGGUCGUCAAAUACAAACAUCUUCGCGACCUUCACACUCUCAACACAACUGUCAUCUAUAUUGAUCGUCAUUGGUCCGCAAAGAUGAAGCUUGCCGUACGAAACGACAUCACAGGCCUGUGGGACUUUUCUGACCUUGGCGAUCCUCUCCCGCCUGUGGCACCUGUUCGACGCUCAGCCGCCUUUAUCGAGCUGGAUCAUAUGCCCGACCCAAGCAUCGCCAAGCUUAUCCGCAGCUUCGUCCACAUCAACUGCACCAUGCCUGUCAAGCUUGACGGCUUCCCAAAAAAUCGGAGAUGGGGUAUGGGUCUCGUCAUUGAUGCUGAAAAGGGUAUUGUUCUCAUCUCAAGAGCUGUUGUGCCAUACGACUUGUGCGACAUUACCAUCACAAUCGCCGACUCCAUCAUCGUCGAGGGAAAGGUUCUGUUUCUCCACCCGCUGCAAAAUUACACCAUCGUCAAGUACGACCCAUCUCUUGUGGACGCCCCCGUUGAAAGUGCUCGCUUAAGCAGUGAGCCCCUGACACAGGGUGCCAAGACCCAUUUCUUGGGGUACAAUAGGAUUGGGCGCGUCGUACACGGUUCAACUACAGUCACUGAGAUUACUGCUGUCGCCAUUCCGGCCAACUCUGCGGCUCCACGUUACCGGGCUGUCAACGUUGAUGCCAUCACAAUUGACAGCAAUUUGGGCUCCUCCUGCAACAGUGGUGUUCUUGUUGCACCCGACGGCACUGUUCAAGCUCUAUGGCUGUCAUAUCUUGGCGAGAGAUCUUCGUGCAGCCAGCGCGAUGAAGAGUACUAUCUCGGUCUGGGGACUCCCACCCUGUUACCUGUGAUAUCUGCUAUCCAGCGUGGUGAGAUGCCCAAGUUGCGCCUCUUGUCUGUGGAAUUCCGCUCCAUCCAGAUGUCCCAGGCCUCCGUCAUGGGCGUUUCUGACGAAUGGAUCAAGAAAGUCACACAGGCCAAUCGUUCGCAUCAUCAGCUAUUUAUGGUGAGCAAGCGCACGUUUGAGCGUGGCAGCAUGCCCGUAUCUCUCCUAGAAGGCGACAUCAUUCUUACUCUGAAUGGCAAAAUUUGCACAACCAUUACGGAUUUCGACAUUAUGUACUCCAACACCGUGCUCGAUGCCGUCAUUAUGCGUGAGAAUGAAGAGAUUCAGCUACAGCUUCCAACUGUUCCCGCAGAAGAUUUGGAAACAGAUCAUGCCGUUGCAUUCUGCGGUGCUAUCUUGCAUCGCCCUCACCAGGCCGUGCGCCAACAAAUCAGCAAACUGCACAGCGAGGUCUACGUCUCUAGCCGCAUUCGUGGAUCUCCUGCAUACCAGUACGGUGUGGCCCCUACCAAUUUCAUCACCCACGUCAAUGGCGAGCCGACUCCGGAUUUGGAUUCAUUCAUUGCCGCGACUCGCCAAAUUCCUGACAACACAUAUUUCCGUCUCAAGGCUGUUACCUUUGACUGCGUGCCCUGGGUCAUUACCAUGAAGAAGAAUGACCACUACUUCCCGACGAUGGAGUGGAUCAAGGACAACUCAGAGCCCUGCGGUUGGCGCCGUGUAACAUAUGAAGGCGCUGCGGUGACGAACGGGGAGACCGUAGAUGGCGUGCCUCUGCCGGUCGAGGAUGCAGAGAUGGAAUAG